GAGGACUUCCACUAUGAGUUUACUGAGUGUGAUGAUGAGGGUGGACGGUGGCGAGUAAGUGUGCCCAGUCCAGACACUUGUGAAGGAGGGGCACCCAACCCACCCAAGCGAACACAUGACUGUAGUGUAUCAUGUGAUCCAGGAUGGUUCUUCAACUUGUCAGAGCUGGAGUGUGCACUCUGCCCUAAUGGUACCUACUCUCUGGGUGGUGGGGUGCACUUUGACUCUUGGAAGACCCUCCCAAUGGGAUUUAGCUCCUAUACAGAGGCCUUCAGAUCAGCCUUUACCUUGGGAAGGAGGCGUGGAGAUGUGGAUUGUAGCGACAGGUAUGGAUGGCAAGCAAAGGGGGAUGUGUUAGCCAGUAAGGGUGGACAGUGUGCAGCUGUCCUGGUAUAUACUGUUAAGCUUGUCAAGCCUGGAGCUGUCCACUACACCUAUCAGUACAGUGAUGAAGACAUCAUCUUUGAGUUCUUGGCUCAAGACGAAGAAUGCCGGGGCAUUGAUGGUGCAGAUGACUACAAGUGGCCGUCACUUACCCGGGAAGGCCAGUGGAAGACCCUCAGUGUGGAACUCAAACCUGGACUCAAUGUUUUACGUUGGAAAACACUUGGUAUUGAAGCUCGAGGCUCUUCCAGACCUGUAUUAAUCAAGAGCAUUCAGAUCAGUGGUGUUGCUCAUUCGUCAGAAUGCACUCCAUGUCCUACAGGCACAUACAGUGGACCCGGUGCACAUGAAUGCACUGAGUGUGAGGAGGGUUUCUAUGCUCCUCGGGGUUCCUCAGCGUGCUUACGUUGUGAUCCUGUCACUCAAUAUAGUCCAAAAGGCUCUCCAGCUUGUCUCUCACGUCCCCCAUGCACCUCACAUGACUAUUAUGAGAUAGACUCAGCUUGUGAUGAGAAAAAUCAGGUAUGCAGUCCUAAAAAUAUGCUCACGAGUACUUUUGUUUCCUCAUUUAAUUGUAUGAAAUGGCACUGUUACUUUAAAUCUAUGUUAAAAUCUUUAACAUAUCUUGAUUUGUGUGACAUUAAAUAUCAGCCAUUAACUGCCCUCUUUUUUUCAGGUUGUGUAUUUUGUCCAAGAGACGAACAUAGUGAUGGUGUUUCCCCAUGCAAGCCCUGCCCUCCAAGUACAGCUCCCAACUAUGGCUACCAAUACCAAUGGUGGACAGCCAUGCCACCUACAAUGGCUGCCAUCUGUAUGUCUGCUGAUGAUGUGGGGUGUAGUACAUCAGAGGGCUGGCAGGUUGGAGGAGAUCACAUUCAUUCUGGUCGGGGCCAUGCAGAUGAUGCCUAUCUUGUUCUUAGCCUCAAGGUUGUAUACAAAAUGAUUAAAUAUGUGAAACUUGUCAAUAAAAUUGUUACUAGAAAGUUAGUAGGCUCAUAAUGAAGAUAAUUCAGAUAACAUAAUUUUAUGCCCUAGGUAGCAGGUUGGUAGACAGCAAUUGCCCAAGAGGGUACUACCAUCCUUCCAAGUGAGUGUAAAACGGAAACCUGUAAUUGUUUUACAUGAUGGUAGGAUUGCUGGUGUCUUUUUUUCUGUCUCAUAAACAUCCAAGUAGCUACUG